GGCAGAUAUCAGCAGUGCUGCCCACGGAACGGAUCGGACGUCGAGGCAGCGCUGCGUGUUGUGUUCUUGGUUCAGCAGCGUAAAAAAGCGCGUAGUUUUUGCAUUUUCCCGAGUGUCUAUACUUAUAUUUCGUUGCAAGUAAUCGUACACAGUGUUCUACGUUCCUUGGGAAGAAAAAAAAAAAUAUUUGUAUAAAUAAAAGUUAGUCACGAUGUAAUAAAUGAUUCUUCUCAUUGUAAGUAGUGGUUAUUGUACAUGUAGUUACGUAUCGCGGCUAUGUAACGAGAUGUUGCGGAAGCGAUAAAACACUAUCAUGUAGGUCUCUGGUACGGGUAAAUAAACGAGAAAAGAUCUUCUUUUCAUAUUUUUUUUUUUUUUUUUUUUUCUGUUACUCAUGUACCGGGACAGCUGGCAAUUGGUAGAUUAGUUUCUUCCGUUCGUUCAGAGCGGUUAAAAAAAUCGCUGGUGCGGAUUUGGUGAGUCGACAUGCUGCAGGCGAUGGAUCCAACGCAGCUGGAGGACUCACCGAAGAGGCGAUCAACCUUCUACGUAUCUCUGGACGGGGAGUCGCGGCACUUGGCCAAAAUAGCGAAGACGAUACAAUCCGGAGAUUCGGGGGCCUUCCACCACGCUUGCAACACCUUUCCGAUAUGCGGAUCAUCCUCGAAGGGCUGUUCGGUCUCCCGAACGCCGAACCUCAUGCUGACGCGGACGUCCAGUGCUGGAAGCGGGUUCGAACCGGAAGUCGGUAAAGUGCAGUCACUUUCGCGUCUCUUCGAGGCACCGGCGAACAACGGCACCACUAACAAGCCUGGGGAGCAGAAGGCGAAGAAGGUCGUUCGCGCGAGAUCCUUCAAGACCAUAGAGAAGUUCCAGAGUAGAUUCACAGGCCGGAAGGCGGCCCCGAUUAUCCAGGAACAGCAGCCGGCUAUUCCAGGUGUUCAGAGCAAGGAGGACAAGCUUAGGGUUAGCGAUGCCAUCGCUGCUUUUGAGGCCAGUCCUAGAAAUCUCGGAGGGCCGCUGGACCGCUCGGUAACCUCUGAAUCUCUCAAGGAGAACGAGGGAACCACACCGAUCGGAAAAACCGGAAGAACCAGGCAACUGGAGCCGGCGAAAAACUCCAAGCAGAGCAAUGGAGGCGCUUUUACAAGUCUGAUUCGAAGGACACACAGCACUAAACUCAUCCGGAGCUCGAGUGCCUUGAUCAGGACUGCCGGAAAGUAUCCCUCGACCGACGAACAUCCGCAGGGUCAUGGAUUCGAACGAAAGAUGAAUGGGCACAGGAACCACUUGGAGUGCAUCGAUCGGCUCAAUGUCAACGUCGUUUUUGACGAUGAGGAACGUCGCGAUGAGACUGAGGAACCCGAGGAUGGCGUGCAUUCAGAUACCUCCUACGAGAAAGCCUGUCGGCGAGGAAGCGCACCAGCUACACCCGUACUUGGUGCCCGACCCCUUGACGUCACCCCCAACCGCAUAGUGAAUUUCUUCUCCAAGAGAUCGUUUCGAUCGAAUCCCCUGAAACGAACGAAAAGCGUGACGAAACUCGAACGGCAAAAACAACGCGGAGCGGCCGGACUGAGGGGUUGCCGUUCGCACGAGUCGCUUCUCUGCGGACAAGCUGUGACCUCGAUGGACUUGGCUGCUGUUACGCCUCUGCAUCCGAGCCUCCUUGGCCGACAGCAUUGUUUCCAAGUAACGCCUAGCAGCGGUGUGCCGAAGUACUUUAGCUGCAAGACCGCCCACGAGAGGGAUCAGUGGGUUCACAGCCUCCGGAAGUCCGUGCAUCCGGAUGAGGGUCAAAAAAGACGUACGGAUAAUUCCCUGCAAAUAUGGCUCCUGGAAGUGAAGGGCAUACCCUCGAAGAAACGAUACUUUUGCGAAGUUUCGCUUGAUGCUGGCCUCUACGCACGGACCACUUCCAAACUUAAGGGUGAACUAUGCUUCUGGGGUGCUUACUUCGAUCUACCUCGUCUACCGGCCGUCAACAAUAUUUACGUCAAUCUCUACAGAGAGGCUGACCGGAAGAAGAAGAAAGACAAAAACGUACUUAUCGGAUCGGUGACAAUUCCUGUCAAGGAUGUGACCUCUCGUUACGUGACGGAAAAGUGGUAUCAAGUGAUUGGUGACAAGGGUCAGCUGAAAGAAUCGCCAGCAUUACGAGUCAAGUGUCGUUUUCAAUCGGUCGAUAUUCUACCGGUCCAUGUCUACCAGGACUUUUUGGAGUACUUGAAGAACGACUACAGAUCGCUCUGCGAAGCUCUUGAGCCUGUGAUUGGCGUUAAAGCAAAAGAGGAUAUAGCUACUGCUUUGGUAGCUGUCAUGCAGCAGGAGAAUAAGGCACCACAGUUUCUCGCCGAUCUAGUCAUGAUGGAUAUCCAUAGAAUCGAUGACGAAAGAUUAACUUUCCGUGGUAAUUCGCUAGCAACCAAAGCAAUGGAAGCGUAUCUGAAGUUGACAGGGGAUGAAUACCUUCAGAAAACUCUUUGUGCUGCUGUACGAGGUGCAGCUGAAGGUGGAGACUGCGAGGUAGAUCCUCUGAAGGUGGCUUCCGCUGCGGCGCUUAAAGCGCAACAGCACAAUCUUCGAGUGGCGGUAGAAACUGCUUGGAACAAAAUAUUGGCCAGUCACACUCACUUCCCAGUCGAAUUGAGAGAGUGCUUUAGAAUAUUCAGAGAACGUCUCAAUGAGAUGGGUCGCCUCGAUAUCGCUGACAAUCUGAUAUCAGCCUCCAUAUUUCUCCGGUUCCUUUGUCCAGCCAUUCUCAGUCCCUCUCUAUUCAAAAUCACCGAUGAACAUCCAAACGAGAAGGCUGCUAGGAACUUGACAUUGGUAGCAAAGACUUUGCAAACAUUAGCAAAUUUCACAAGGUUCCAAGGAAAAGAGAACUUUAUGGAAUUCAUGAAUGAUUUCUUGGAGCGAGAGGCUUCAGCGAUGAAAAAUUUCUUGCAGUUGAUAAGCAGCCCGUUACCAAAAGACGCUCCGUCAAAUAACUCAUUGGAAUUCGAAGGCAACAUAGACCUUGGCAAGCAAUUAUCCCUGCUGCAUUCGCUGUUGAGGGAGAGCGGAUCAGCAAUAAGUGCUCUGCCUCAGCUGGGUGGAAUCCUCGACAAGAUAUCGCUGGCCCUCGAGCAGCCAGGGCCAAGUUCUUCAGUGCCAACGACUCCGCGAUACCCAAAUCUGCAGAACAACAUUUUCCGGUACAAUGAUCCAACGAUUGCAAACAGCAACACAAACCUGUCUAUAUCGGCGACGUCCACCAUUAGUAAUCACAGCACUCUGAAUGGUACCUCCAGAGAUGGCAGCGAAGUAAUGCAGUCGAACACCCUUGGCCACAACAGCUCUCGCAGUCCGAAUGUUGUGCGUGCAGCGACACUGCCCAGAAACGCUUAUCUACCCGGUAAUGGUAAACUCCAGCUGCAGAUAAGUGGUGACGAUUAUCCAUUGGAAUCAACAGCCUUUGUCUCUCGAUCCCCAACCCCGAUGGCCAGGCAACACAGGCACUUGACCUCGAACAGGAGCGGACCAGGUUACAGACUGACGGCUAGCACCAGCCUGGCGAAUGUUAACCAUUGCCAAAAUAAUCCGACGAGUCCGAUGAGGUCGGAGAGCCAUUCGAAUCUCAAAGAUUCUAACUACAAUAUCAACACGCAUGGUAACGUUAGUAAUAACGGAUCCAUCGGGCAGCACCAUCGGCACAAUAUAGCCAGGCUCCAGAGUCUCGAUAUCAACGAUCAGGACAAUUAUAAUCAUAAUUACAAUGUAUCGAGGUCGGGGAGCAAGACACACUGUCAUAAGGAAGAGAACGCCAACCAGGCACAAAACUACAACAACAUAUCGAAGACCACGAUUAACGCUAAUGUUAAUCCUCACGUCACACUGUCCAUCAAUCAGCCGAACAACAACUAUUCGAAAACCUCAAGCCUUACAGUCCCGACUAACGGAAAUCUUGACGAGCUUUCGGACCUUCUCAGGUACGCCGAUGACGAAGUAUCAGAGUCAAAGUCUCAGAAGGGAUCGCAAAUCUCUAUCUCACAGUUGAGUAAUGUCGCAUCGUCAGGAUACCAGAGUUUUGCUGCUUACAGUCAAAGUUCGAGUCCCGUUGAUCUGAGCAACAAUGCCAAUGCUCAUAUACUGAAUGCUGCACCACUGGCUUUCGCGAAUCCAGUUUAUCACCUGGAAGCGACGCACGGGAGGAACGAAAGGAGAGGAAGUACCAGUUCGGAGGAACGGGACGGAGGGGGUGGAGUCGAGGGAGUUCGAGGUGUCGACCUCAGCCCAUCUCCGCCGCCACAACCGAUACGAAAUGUUGCAAGGAAUGGCCAAUCACAAUGGCGGUACGCCGCUGUUGCGCAUCGAACGGGCUCUGACCAGCCGCAAGGUGUCUGCUGCCCCAAAUUGAGACGGCGGUUAUCCCUAGACUCAACUAGAGACUUGUCCGAUACCAGCGAAGAAGAGAGCUGUGCUACCAGGCGAAGCAAAUCCCGAAGCCACAAGAGUAUCGAUCAGUACGAGGUGGAAAUCGAAAGGCUGCAAAGCAGCGUAGACAGACUGAGAGCUCGUUUAGGAACUCCUGAAGACGCAGAUGUAGACAGCCCGGUGCCUGAUUCCAAGAUGAAGAGCAUUAUCUCAAGGUUGAUCACUGUGGAGGAGGAACUUCGACGAGAACAGCAAAAAAUGUCAGCAAAAUUAUCGUUCAAACAGCGCGUGAUUGACGCGCAAGAACAACAGAUCGCUGCACUGGAUGCAGCCAAUUCUCGCCUCAUAACGUCGAACACCAGAUUGUUAACUGCGCUUAGUACUCUAAAUCAACGAUACAACGCCACUCCCCAGACCACAAAUGAGGCAACGGCUCUACUUCAAAACAUUGCUGAUAUUGCUAGCGAACUGAAGAGUUCAUCGUGUUAAAUGGCUAAAUCAGAUAAUGUCUUGUUAACAUUGAGCACCGAAUUGCAUAUUGUAUACAAAUUAGGUUGAGUUGUAAUUGAGUAUAUAAAAUAAUAAUUCUGUGGUUAAUAAUUAAAUCUGGUGAGAAAAAUGUCAGUUUUCUUUUCUACCGUUGCAAAGUUUUAUCCCUAACUCUGAAUAUCGUAGCGGUUCCAUUUUUUUUAGUGAUUUUGAAGGUUUUUUCUUUCAACUCCUUUUUUUUUUUUUAUUUGUUAUUUCAUAUUAUUUUUUGUAUUAUGAUUUUUGAUCGUAGGUUUUGUUUUUCAAACUAUGUAAACGUUUGACACAAUAUAAUUAGUACUUGCGUCAUUGACCUUCACGAGGAGCGAAGUAGAGGCUAUUUAGAUAUUAGACAUUGAAAAUAGAGAUAAAUAUUUGAUAUAGAAAAACGAUUUUUGUCAAAUUAUUGUAAGUAGCGUUGUUUAGUUUAUUUAUAUUCAUAAAUAUACACAUAAAUACACAUAAUAUAUGUAUAUAAUACAUAUUUAUUAUGUAUAUGUAUUAGGGUGUCCCUAAGAAAAAAAACUGAGACAAUGAGGGUUGUAUUUCAAGUUGAAAACAAAAUUUUCACCCAGUAAACAAAUUUUCUUAUUGCACGUUGCAAUUGUUUACGAAAAAAUUAUAAACAAUUUUGAGUUGAAAUUUGUUUUCUACAUAACAAUUCAAGAUCAAAUCUAUUCAUAGCAAUAAUUUUGUGACUUAAAUAAUAUGUUCAUAAUUUUUUUUUUACAAACAAUUAGAACUGUGCAAUAAGAAAAUUUGAUUGUUGCAUGAAAAUUUUGUUUCUAAUUUGAAGUACAAUCUUCAUAGUCUCAAAGUUUUCUUCUUCCACAAUUUUUUUCGUAUCAAUUUCAAGCAUUUAAGCCCCUGCGAGCAUCAAAAUUCAAAAACAACCCGAUUAACCCGUUGUUGCACGGUGGUACAUACGUAUCUAAUACCUAUGUUCCAUGACUCUGACUCCAGAUUCGUGACCAGCGAACCCGAGAACCUCCGAAACGUCCCUUAAACAUAAAAAAUAUGGUUUACAAAAAGGUGUGAAACAAAGCGCGAAGGACCAUCCUGAUACAUACAUAGACAUAUAUACACAUAUAUAAAAAUAAUGACGACCUUGUAAUAUUAUAAACUGAUCAUCGGAUCAUUGUAAUGAAGAUCGAAUCAGCCUCUGCUAUGUGUAAAAAAAUCAAUUCAAACAACGAGCAUUUCGAGUUAUUUUGCAUGAAAGAUCAAAAAACGCACUCCGAUAUAGCAUGAUACAUUAAAUUGACUAACGCAAUUCUAUUUCUGAGACAGUAUGAAUGACAGAAAAAGGGACAAAAAACAGCGUUCAGAUUGCCAGAGGUAGUAAUACAUAGUUACAGUACCUACAUAGGUAUAAUAUACGCAUAAGUAAUUGAUUAUCCAUAGUAAAGAUUCACAUCAUUAAGUAAAAUUGGAUAGAAACAAGUCAAAGAUAAUGAAAUAGUAAUUGACUCUUUGAUGAAACAUCAUUUGUGACUUUGACGUAUAUUGUAUGAGUACAUAAAUUUUGCACGAUUCGAAAGCUGACGUAGUCAUAGUUAAUUCACGGUUUUAUAUUCUAUAAUAGUUAUUAUUAUUAUUAUUAUUGUUAUUAUUAUUCGGAGUAUUAUCUAUAAUUUGUGACACUGUAUUGUGUGCGUGUGUACAAUUAUAAUUAUGACUACUUUCAUGUCUACAACAAUUUCAAGCGUGGUUCUAUUGUAAGGUGACCAGACAGGUUGAAACACAUUGAAAAUAUUCUAUUGUGUAAAUAACCCUAGUUGGUAGUUCAAAAGUUGGAUUUUUUUUGUGUCUGGUUACAUGUAAUAAUAGAAUGAAGAUACGAGUUACGUGUCGGGGAUUCAUUCUGUUCGUAUAUUACAAAUCACAUAAGUUUCUUAACGCAGUCUUAUGUGAAUUGAAAUACGAAGUACGAAGAAUGAGACCUAGCUUUCACGUAUUACGAAACGCAAUUGAAUAAUUUGGUUUGCUUAGAUCUGUUGUAAAACUUGAAACCCAGUAAAAAUAAUUGUAAUUUAUGAACUUGUGAAAUGAUGAUAUUUGUCUUCUAGGGGGCAUGAUUAUCGCAAUGGCAAAUAAAUUUGAAGCAGUAAUAGGUCACAUCUCAUCCAUGUUGCGAUACUUCGGGUUUAAAAGACCUUACUUCAUUAUGCCGCAAGCAUUGUCAAAAAAGCUUAUCGAAUGUACUAAAACCUUAUAUGUAUGCGCUUGCAUAAACUGUGCUUUCAGUAUAUUCGAUCUUGUAGAUCACUCAAGUAUUUCAUUUUCGUACGUAUAAUUGCUUUGGCAGUCUCCUAGUGAAGUUUCGUCGUCUUGAUGAAGAAAAAAUAUUUUGUAAAUUUCCCCAAACAAGGUUAUUUAUUUUGUAGUUUUUACCAAAGAUGAAAGAGCUCGUAUUGUAUAAAAUUCUCUCAUUAUGUAUAGAUAUUAGUUUCUUUGUAUCUAAUAAUUGCUGUAGUAUUUAUAGAUUAUUACUAUUAUGAUUAUUAUAUUCUUUAUGUCCAAUAUACAAAUAAUUAUUUAAUUGUUUUACUUUAACAGCCAUCCCUUGUUAUAUUAUAUAAUUAUCAUUAUUUUAAUUAUAUCAACUAUAACGAGAUCAUUGUACCUACAACGUGCGUAACAGAGUUAUGAUUUUGCUUGUUCCGUUGAAAGUAUUAUAUUUUUCUUCUCUAUUAGUACAACAUUAUCUUUAUUAAUCUAAUAAAUACGUCGCGAUGAUUUUCGAGAGUUGUUCUAUUUUUAUUUAUAUUUAUUUAGUCUUACUUUUUUCCAGUUAUGUACGUUGAGAUGGGGUACAGUUUUGUUUUCUUCUACUGUUUACAAUUUAUUCACAACUCGUUCUUUUCUACUUUGCGUUCGUGUAAAAUCAUUAUACUCUCCAGUCAACAUUGAUAAUCGUAAAAUUAAUAUAUAAACACUGUUUACUAAAUGUAACGAAUGUAAUAGCGAAUGAUUAUUUAAUAUAAAUGAUUUUCAAGUAUGUAUAAUAAUAAGUUUGCAUACUAUCUGUAAUAGUAUAAUAUAGAUCUUCACUUAGAUUUACGGAUACAGCAAUCAUGGAUAUUAUGAACAAAUAAACAAGAUUAUAGUCACCCCGAUUA